CUUUCGGAUCACAAUAAAUGCAUAUCUUCAUUAUUGAUUUACUAAAUGCUCAAUAACUAUUUUGCAAUAUAUAACGAUCGGAUAAAAGGUGUUUUAAUGUCAAAUUAAGAAAAUAAUAAUUUGCAAGCUGAGAAAAUAACAAUUAAUUUACCUUCAAUAUUACAAAAGAAAAUGAACUAGUGUAUUACAGAAUUACGAUUCUUAUCGUUACAUUUACUAUCAGUGGUGCAUUACAUAUCAGUGUUUCCAAGAAAAAAGGCGAUAAGUUCCGAUAACAUUGAUUACAUCAUCGGAUUUAGAAUUGUUCACCUUAUUCCCAGUUAGGUUGUGAAGGCGUGUGUGAAUAUUGUGUUAGAAAUGCGUGAAAUAGUCCACGUGCAAGCCGGCCAAUGCGGGAAUCAGAUAGGAUCGAAGUUUUGGGAGAUAAUCUCGGACGAGCAUGGCGUCGACACGACCGGAGUUUACAAAGGGGAGAGCGACCUGCAGCUCGACAGGAUAAACGUUUACUACAAUGAGGCAUCUAGUGGUAAAUACGUCCCCCGUGCCGUUCUCGUGGAUCUGGAGCCGGGCACAAUGGACGCGGUCAGAUCAGGACCCUACGGAAUGCUGUUCCGGCCCGAUAACUUUGUCUUCGGUCAGAGCGGCGCUGGCAACAAUUGGGCCAAAGGACAUUAUACAGAGGGCGCUGAGCUAGUCGAUUCUGUACUGGACGUGAUCAGGAAAGAAGCUGAAAGCUGUGAUUGUCUCCAAGGAUUCCAGCUGACCCACUCGCUGGGUGGCGGCACUGGAUCCGGCAUGGGCACUCUGCUGCUCAGCAAGAUCCGGGAGGAAUACCCGGACAGAAUCAUGAAUACGUUCAGCGUUGUACCCUCGCCUAAGGUGAGCGAAGUCGUUUUGGAGCCCUACAACGCAACGCUGUCCGUGCACCAGCUGGUCGAGAACACGGACAUGUCCUUCUGCAUCGACAACGAAGCGUUAUACAACAUCUGCUUCAAGACACUGAGACUCAGCAGUCCGAGUUACGGCGAUCUUAACCACCUCAUAUCUCUGACCAUGUCCGGGGUGACGACCUGCCUCCGGUUCCCGGGACAGCUGAACGCGGACCUGAGGAAGCUGGCCGUCAACAUGGUGCCAUUCCCGAGGCUCCACUUCUUCAUGCCGGGCUUCGCACCGCUGACCGCGCGAAAUUCAUUCAACUAUCGCCCUCAGACUGUCUCCGAGCUCAUGAGUCAAAUGUUCAACUCCGGUAACAUGAUGACCGCCGCCGACCCUCGCCACGGAAGAUACCUGACCGUGGCCACCAUAUUCAGAGGCCGCAUGUCCAUGAGGGAGGUCGACGACCAGAUCCUCGCCAUACAGAACAAGAACUCGAGCUACUUCGUAGAGUGGAUCCCGAACAACCUGAAGGUGGCCGUGUGCGACAUCCCGCCGCGUGGCCUCAAGAUGUCCGCCACGUUCAUCGGUAACUCGACGGCCAUACAGGAGAUCUUCAAGCGCAUCUCCGAGCAGUUCACCGCCAUGUUCCGGAGGAGGGCCUUCCUCCACUGGUAUACGGGUGAAGGAAUGGAUGAGAUGGAGUUCACUGAAGCGGCCAGUAACAUGGCCGACCUCAUCUCAGAAUAUCAGCAGUAUCAGGAGGCAACUCUGGAAGACGAUGAUGCAGUGUUCGACGAAGAAGAGGAAUUGGCGCAGGAGGAGGACCCGCCGGUUCAAAUACAAAUGUAUUGAACGACACAGAUUUAGGUUAAACAACGCAGAACGCUAAAAUACAUACAUACACAGGACUGAAAUGCUAUUUGGUUCAAGCGAUAUUUAUCUUUGUAAUUAAAGGCCCGUUUUAUUUGGUAUCAGAUCAGCAUUAACAGUUCGUAGUUUUUAAUUCUUCUUUAGGUAUGUCUACCUUAUCCCACUAGGUGGGGUCGGUACAGCGAAUUUUUCUAUUCCAUUCACUUUUAUCAGCCGUCAU